CAUAACCAAGACAAGGAUACCUACUCUUUCCGUUUAAACUACCCGACUUUCGGUGGAAUUGCCAUAGUCGCCGAAUAAUUCGAAAUCUACCAAACUUAGAAAUUUGCCAACAAUGGCAGCCCCUGGAGUUCAGUCAUUGAAGUGCGUCGUUACCGGUGACGGUGCUGUCGGAAAGACAUGUCUCCUUAUCUCCUACACGACGAAUGCCUUCCCAGGCGAAUACAUACCUACUGUCUUCGAUAACUACUCGGCGAGUGUGAUGGUUGAUGGCAAGCCCAUUAGCUUAGGACUCUGGGAUACUGCUGGUCAGGAAGAUUACGACCGAUUGCGACCGCUCUCGUACCCUCAAACCGAUGUAUUUCUUAUCUGCUUCUCCAUCGUGAGCCCGCCUUCGUUCGAUAACGUAAAAGCCAAGUGGUACCCCGAGAUCGAUCAUCACGCGCCGAACAUUCCUAUCAUCCUAGUCGGUACUAAGCUGGAUUUGCGGGAGGACCCAGCCACUCUAGAAAGUCUCCGAUCUAAGCGAAUGGAGCCCGUUUCCUACGAUCAGGCCUUGGUUUGCGCAAAGGAAAUCCGUGCUCACAAGUACUUGGAGUGCUCUGCCCUCACACAGCGAAAUCUUAAGAGCGUCUUUGAUGAGGCUAUUCGAGCUGUUCUCAACCCGAGGCCCGUCCCAAUGAAGGGCGGUAGCAAGAAAUCGAAGUGCACAAUUCUAUAAACAGCAUAGAAGACAUUUUUCAGUCACGUUUUGCAGUUGGGUCAAGCAAGCCAUAAAGAUUUUUUUUGCGAAACGAUGAAGGCGUUUUUGGUGGAC